AUGACUUCCUUUACCAAAUUGAGCGAGCAGGAGACUCCUGUCAUCUCCGUUCAUCCUUCGCGCCGGAUCUCAAAGAUCAACCCUAACAUCUAUGCCGGCUUUACCGAGCAUAUGGGCCGAUGCAUUUACGGUGGCAUCUACGACCCAGGAAACCCGCUUUCCGAUGAAAAGGGGUUUCGUAAGGAUGUCCUAGAGGCUCUCAAGGAGCUAGACAUCCCUGUCGUUCGGUAUCCAGGUGGCAACUUCUGCGCUACUUAUCAUUGGAUCGAUGGUGUCGGUCCUAAGGACCAGCGACCUGCUAGACCAGAGCUUGCUUGGCUCGGGACAGAAACCAAUCAGUUCGGAACAGAUGAGUUCAUGCAGUGGUGUGAAGCCCUAGGGACUGAGCCCUACCUGUGCUUUAACUUUGGAACUGGUACUCUGGAUGAAGCCCUGGGUUGGGUGGAGUACUGCAAUGGUACAGGAAACACGUAUUAUGCCAAUCUCCGACGGAAGAAUGGUCGUGAGGAGCCAUACAACGUCAAAUACUGGGCACUUGGAAACGAAUGUUGGGGUCCAUGGCAAGUGGAGCAAAUGACCAAGGAGGCAUAUGCUCACAAGGCACUGCAAUGGGCCAAAGCUCUCAAGCUCCUAGACCCGAGUCUUAUUCUCAUUCUGUGUGGUCAGGAUGGCACAGCCUCAUGGGACUAUUAUACCCUGAAGCAGUGCCUCCUACCCGCAUUUUCAGCGCUCUCUACAAGCACAGUCCCUCUGAUCGACAUGCACAGUAUUCACCUGUACACAUGUUCCUCAUCCCAUCUACCUAACGCAACAGCUCCACUAGCAGCAGAGCGUGCAAUUGAGAUAACAUCCUCUCUAAUCGAUCUCGCGCGGAUCGAAAACGGGGUUCCGCCAGACCAGCUCCGUCCGACAAUCUGCUUCGAUGAGUGGAAUGUCUGGGACCCUAUACGCGCAGAGGGCAGCAAAGGCGCAGAAGAGAGCUACACUCUCUCUGAUGCACUGGCUGUUGCGGUCUGGCUGAAUGUUUUUAUCCGAAAAAGUCGUGAUCUGGGCAUGGCUUGCAUUGCGCAGACUGUCAAUGUCAUUUCCCCACUUAUGACUACACCAGAGGGAAUUACGAAGCAGACAACUUGGUGGCCACUUUACCUGUUCUCGCGCUUUAUGCGCGGGUGGACCGUUAGCUCUCAUGUCUCGUGUGGUACAUAUGAGGGCGAGACGGCGCCUAAGUGGUUGCGUGGGACUGUUGAUACCCCGUGGCUAGAUGUGAGUGCCUCGCUUGGCGAUGAUGGGUUCGCUAAUUUGAUGGUGGUGAAUAUUCAUGAAGAGAAAGACUUUGAGACCAAGGUUGAAGGUACUACGGGUGCUGUUGCUGUAUUUACAGUUACAGGUGGUGAUGUUCUGGCGACAAAUAUGAAGGGUAAUGAGGAAGUCCGCGUGCAGGAGUCUAGCUGGGAUGGUUCUGGAUCUUACGUAUUCCCUAAGCACUCACUGACUCUUCUGAGAUGGAAGGUUGAGUAG